AUGCAGACAAAUCCCUCACCAAUUUGUAUUUCACAUGUUGCUAAAUAUUCUCAAAUGUGGAGAUAUUUUGAUAGAGGACUUUAUUUAUUUCUUAAAAAUCAGCUUUAUAUUCAAUUAAUAAAUUACCAAUUUAAUUGUAAAUAUCAAAAAUUAAAUUUUUAUUUAAAUUUUCCAAUAUUCCGUAAAAUACUAGCUACUUUAUCUGUUUUUAUUUUUGUUCUUAUUUGGCAUGGAUUUAAUUCUAAUUUUUGUUGGUGGGUUUCUCUAAGUGCUUUUGGACUUUUUAUUGAACGUUUGGCAAAUUCUGACAUAUUUUUAUUUAAUAAAUUUAUUCAAAAAAAUAUUUUAUUAAAAAUGUCAUUAGCAGCAAAUAUUCGAUUAAAGGCUAUUUUUAUGUUGACAACUUUAAUUCCUGGAAUAUUUGGAAUUUUCUUUUUUCUUGGACAUGGAUUAAUUGGAAAUUAUAUUUUCUUUAAAGUACUUAUAGAAGGAUUUAAACAAAUUUUUACUUUACAAAUUUAUAUUGGAAAUCCUGGAUGGGUAAUGGGACAUUUACUUAUUUUGGGUUAUUUCUUUAAUAAUGUUUCGCUUUUUAUUGAAGAAAAAAGGAAAGAAAAAUAAUUAUUAAUUUUUAAAGAUUUAUCUCAUAUACAUAUUUUCAUACAUAUAAACUAGGGUAGCUUCCCGAGCCCUCGGGGUCUGAAGUGUCAGGGAUCGGGGUUUGCCGAAAGGGCUGAUUUUUGGGUUGAUUUUUGGGUCGGAGUUCGUCGUAGUAGAGCCUUCGGGGUUUCGAAAAUCGUCGGGGUACGGGCAGCUACCCUAAUAUA